CUGAGCUGAGGAGGGCGGCGGGGAUGGCCGAGGCCCGGCCGGCCGGGGAGGCGCUCAGCCUGGCGGACAUCCUGCGGCUCUACAACCAGCCCAUCAACGAGGAGCAGGCGUGGGCCGUGUGCUACCAGUGCUGCGGGGGGCUGCGGGACGCCGCCCGGACCCGGGGCCCCCCCGCCCCCGCAGCAGCAGCAGCAGCAGCAGCAGCCGCCGCAGCCCCUCCCGCAGCAGCAGCAGCAGCAGCAGCAGCAGCAGCAGCAGCCCCCCCCGCAGCACACAUCCUCAUCUGGAAGGACGGCACCGUCACCCUCACCCUCACAGGUAAACUGGAGUAUUCACAAUGUACAGAAUCGGAGAUUAUCGAAGCGUUAGGCAUCAUCAUUUAUAAAGCCCUGGACUAUGGUUUGAAGGAGAAUGAGGAACGGGAACUAAGCCCUCCGCUGGAGCAGCUUAUCGAUCACAUGACCAAUACCGUGGAGGCUGAUAGUAGCCACGAUGAAGGCUAUGAAGCUGCAGAUGAAGGUGUGGAGCAUGAAGUUGAUGAAAAGGGGGAAGUUAAGGUCAUAAAAUCAUAUAAAGACGUCAUGAAGUUGUGUGCUGCCCAUCUCCCCACCAGAUCAGAAGCCCCAAACCACUACCAGGCAGUAUGUCGGGCAUUGUUUGCGGAGACAAUGGAGCUGCACACCUUCCUGACCAAAAUUAAGAGUGCAAAAGAAAAUCUCAAGAAGAUUCAGGAAAUGGAAAAAGGUGAUGAAUCCAGUACAGACCUGGAUGAACUGAAAAAUGCAGACUGGGCCCGCUUCUGGGUUCAGGUAAUGAGGGAUUUGCGAAACGGUGUGAAACUUAAGAAGGUCCAGGAGCGCCAAUAUAACCCUUUGCCAAUCGAAUAUCAGCUCACUCCCUAUGAGAUGCUAAUGGACGACAUUCGAUCGAAGCGCUACACUCUGAGGAAGGUGAUGGUCAAUGGCGAUAUUCCUCCUCGGUUAAAAAAGAGUGCUCAUGAAAUCAUCCUGGACUUCAUCCGAUCACGGCCCCCCUUGAAUCCGGCUUCAGCCAGGAAGCUGAAACCGACCCCACCUAGACCAAGGAGUCUUCAUGAAAGAAUCCUAGAGGAAAUCAAAUCGGAACGAAAACUUCGCCCUGUGUCCCCAGAGGAGAUCAGGAGAAGCAGGCUGGCAAUGCGGCCACUUAGCUUGUCUCACAGUUUUGACUUGUCAGAUGUGACCACUCCUGAGACUUCAAAAAAAUUAACGGGACCUUCCGUAGCGAAUGGGGGUUUAACAUCCCAGUCAAAAGCCAAUGGUCGAAAUGCCAGCCAGAUGACAGUGCCGAGAAAGAAACUCCUCAAAGCCCCAACGCUGGCCGAAUUGGAUAGUUCGGAAUCAGAGGAAGAAUCUCUGCACAAGUCAGCAAGCAGCAGCAGCGGGUCCCCAUCCCUGCCGGAAGAAUCCUUGCUGGAGUUCCCCACCUCCAGAAAGAUUAAAUCUUUAGUGCCACCGAAAUUCUUGCCUAUAUCAUCCACCCCACAACCAGAGAGGCGGCAGCCACCCCAGAGACGGCAUUCCAUUGAGAAGGAGACCCCAACCAAUGUGAGGCAGUUCCUGCCACCGUCCAGACAGAGCUCCAGGUCACUUGUUCCUAGGAUAACCAGUUUAUGGCCAAGGACGCCUUUCCGACCACUUUUUUCUACCAUACAAACAGCUUCUCUGCUCAGCUCUCAUCCCUUUGAAGCAGCCAUGUUGGGGGCGGCAGGGGCUAUGUAUUAUCUCUGUGAGAGAGCUCUGACCAGCAGGUGGAAAUCUGCAAAGGAGGAGUUCUGCUACCCAGUGGAGUGCCUGGCUCUCACUGUGGAGGAAGUGAUGCACAUUCGCCAGGUGUUGGUGAAGGCGGAGCUGGAGAAGUACCAGCAGUACAAGGAGGUCUACACUGCUCUGAAAAAAGGAAAGCUCUGUUUCUGUUGCCGAACCAGAAGAUUUUCCUUUUUCACCUGGUCAUACACCUGUCAAUUCUGUAAGAGGCCUGUGUGCUCUCAGUGUUGCAAAAAGAUGCGGCUACCCUCCAAACCAUUAUCCACGCUUCCUAUCUUUUCUCUGGGACCGUCCGCCUUGCAAAGAGGGGAGAGUUUUAUGAGACCAGAGAAGCCAUCCACAAGCCACCACCGGCCGCUCCGGAGCAUUGCCAGAUUCUCCUCGAAGUCUAAAUCUGUGGAAAAAGGAGAUGAAGAAGAACAGUUCCCCAAAGAGCUGAUGGAAGACUGGAGCACUAUGGAAGUGUGCGUAGACUGCAAAAAGUUUAUUUCGGAAAUCAUCAGCUCAAGCCGGCGCAGCUUGGUACUGGCCAACAAGCGAGCCCGUUUGAAAAGGAAAACCCAGUCAUUCUACAUGUCCUCCCCAGGCCCCUCGGAGUACUGCCCUUCGGAGAGAACUAUCAAUGAGAUCUGAGCCCCGUGCCUUUUCCGUUGCUUUUGUGUUCCCAAAGUCACUGGUGUCAGGACACUGAAUUGGAGGAUCUUUCCCUUCUGUGGUUUUGUUGACUAGGCUUGAAUCUGCAUUAGAUUUCUGCAUUUCUGCUGCCCCACAACGUUUCUGUGUCUGUUGAUAUGCAGCAGAUCGGCCAUUCUCUCAUUUGCACUGAAAGAAUAUAACAGUUUGAAACCUG